CAUUUGGAGGGGGGAGAAGGACCUUGGACUGACGGCAUGGAACAGCACACUCUGCAUCAUUCACAGAAGCUGUCUCUAGACCUUGGCCUCGGAGCACCAUCAGCUCAUCCUUGUGCAAGGAGAAUAGACGGCAGAAUGCGGGGAAGCAGCCGAGCCACUGUCGCGCCAGCGGCAGUCGCAUCGAAGAAAGCCGCAAUAGUGCCUGCAACUUCAGCUUCUGCCUCAGCAGCAGCAGAUGGUGCCGACGACUUUAUCAUGACGCUCGAUUCGGACGACGAUGACGAAGACCGGGGAGAAGAACAACAUAACGGAGAGGGAGAAGCGCAGAUCUUUGUCGCGCAGAAUGAAGAAGAGUACAAAAGGCAGCAGCAAUCCUCCGCCGCAUCCGCUCUCGCAACCGACGCAUCUGGUAAAAAGGGCAAGAACGUCAUCCCGGCUCGAUUAUCUGAUCGGGCCAAGGUCACCAACACUGCUGCCUCCUCUGCAUCUCUCAGCACUAGCAGCAGCGGCAAGAAACGCCGGACGGACGAGCAAGACCCGUCCGCCGCUGGUGGGCAGCUCGACCCAGAAUUCACAUUCGACCUCACUGGCGACGGCUAUGACCUUGGAGCCGCUGGAGCUAACCGAAGUGCCAACUGGGACAUGUCCAUUGGAAAUAUGCGCGCUAAAGGAUCCUCCGGGCAGCAGCACCAGCAAGGGGAGGCUGCUGGUUCUGGUGCUGUUCCUUUCCUCACUGUCGACGAUAUCAUUGAGCGGAGACGCGAAAAGAGGAGAAAGACAGCGGGCGACAAUCUGGCAUCGACACUCCCGCUCCUUGCGGCGGCGCCACUGGAAGAGGAACAGGAAGGGAUAUCAGACAGUGAAAGAAGCGACGAUGAUGACGCUGAUGGCUUUGGUGCAGGUUUACGUGCAAAGAAACGUGCAAAGGCCAAUGCAGCGGAUGCUCACAGCAGCAGUGGGCAAGAGGGAAGUGGCGACGAAGAGGAGGAUGAAGGCGCAGAGGAAGAGGAAGAGGACGAAGAGGAAGAAGUGGAGGACCCGCUAGCCGCUUCUGGCUCAGACGAUGAAGAUGCCGAGGAGGAGGAUGAAGAAACGGACAGCGCCGAGUCGGACAGCUCUGACGACUCGGGCGAAGAACAAGAGACGGCAGCGACGCGCGCGCGAAAAGCAGCAUUCUUUGCGCCGGAAGACGAUGCAGCAGGAACGCCACUCUCCUCGGAUGCCGUCGCAAAAGCAAAGGCCCUCGCCAAGGCGAGAACAGCAGCGACUGGCAAGCAAGCAGGCUCCGCAGCGACCGACCCGUCCUCCUCUUUCCAAGCGCUCGACCUCUCUCGGCCCAUCCUGCGCGCGCUCGCCUCGCUCUCCUUCCACGCGCCGACGCCCAUCCAAGCGCGCACGAUCCCGCUCGCGCUCGCAGGCAAGGACAUUGUCGCCGGCGCCGUCACGGGCAGCGGCAAGACAGCCGCGUUCAUGAUCCCGACUCUGGAGCGCUUGGCGCACCUGCACUCGGGUAGCAGCGCGGAGGCCAAGUCACGCGUGUUGAUCCUGACCCCGACCCGCGAGCUAGCGAUCCAGUGCCACAGCGUUGGCAAGGCGAUCGGCAAGUUCACCGGCGUGCGCUUCUGCCUCUGCGUCGGCGGCCUCUCACUCAAGGUGCAGGAGGCUGAGCUCCGCACGCGCCCGGACAUCAUCAUCGCCACGCCUGGUCGGCUGAUCGACCACGUGCGCAAUACUCCCGCCUUCACGCUCGAGCACAUUGAGGUCCUCGUCAUGGACGAGGCGGACCGUAUGCUCGAGGACGGCUUCAACGACGAGCUCACCGAAAUCAUCCGCCACUGCCCCCAAUCCGUGACCGGUGCGUCCGGGCGCCAGACAAUGCUUUUCUCCGCCACGAUGACCGACGACGUUGACGAGCUGGUCCGCCUCAGCCUGCGCAAGCCUGUCCGCCUCUUUGUCGACCCCAGGCGCACAACCGCAGCCAAGCUUAUUCAGGAGUUUGUCCGCGUCCGCGGCAGCGGUGCGACGCUCGCGGCCAAGCGCACACAGGAGGAGGAGAAGUUGCGCCCGGCCCUGCUGCUGGCUUUGUGCAUGCGCACGUUCCAGCACCAGGUCAUCAUCUUUGUUCGCUCCAAGAAGCUCGCGCACCAACUGCGCAUCAUCUUCGGCCUGCUCGGCCUCCGCGCCGCCGAGCUGCACGGCGAUCUGACGCAGGAGCAGCGCCUGCAGUCCCUCCAGGCGUUUAAGGACGCCCGCGCCGACUUCCUCCUCGCGACCGACCUCGCCAGCAGAGGUCUCGACAUCCGCGGCGUCGAGACGGUCAUUAACUACGACAUGCCCGGCCAGUUCGAGCAGUACCUCCAUCGUGUCGGCCGCACAGCGCGUGCCGGCCGCAACGGCCGCGCCGUCACGCUCGUCGGCGAGGCGGACCGCAAAAUGCUCAAGCUCGCCUUGCGCAAGUCCAACCCGGACCAGGUCAAGCACCGCCUCGUCCCGUCCGAAACCGUCGCGCAGGCCCUGCAAACGCUGGAUGAACUCAAGGACGAAGUCGAGGAGGUGCUCGCCGAUGAGAAGGAGGAGAAGGCGCUGCGCCAGGCGGAGAUGGAGCUCAAGAAGGGCACUAACAUCAACGAGCACGCUGACGAGAUCUUCUCGCGGCCCGCGCGCACCUGGUUCCAGAGCGAGAAAGAGAAGCUACAGGCCAAGGAGACGGGCACCGCGCAGAACAACGCCAAGGUCAAGGCGGACGCCGAAAACAAGAGCAGCGCUAGUGGGAAAGACCGCUUUGCAGGGCUGAGCAGGCGCAAGAAGCGCGCCAAGCUGAUGCGCGAAGAGAUCGAGAAGGAAGGCACGUCCAAGGAGACUGACGCUGCGAUCCGAUCAGCAAAGCGCAGCCAGAAGCCAAAGGAGCUUGGCGUGCUCGAGCCAAAGUACCAGAAUAAGAAGAAGCAAAAGAAGCAGGAAAGGAAGAAGCGCAGCAGCGCGAGCAAAAUCAGCGUCGGCAAGGCCAAAUCUGGUUUCUCGCAGGAUCUGGGAGAGCAUCGAAGCAGCGGAGGUGGUGGAGGCGGUGGUGGAAAGAAAGCUGCCGCUGCAAAAGGUGGGCACAAGAACAGCAAGAGCAGGCGAUAAACCUUGCGGAAAUCGCCCGGGGAGGUGUAUUUGAGAUUUUUGUCAUCUCUUCUCCUAUUGCAUUAGAUCAA